CGCGCUUAAAGUGGAAUUGCAGCCAAUGAAGGCCGAAUGCGUUGCUUUAGCCAUUCAAGAAGUUCUAAUGGUUGUCAUCGCAUCACAAUCACGAUCAUUGCACAACAUUAAACUUACGGAAAUGGUCACAAGAAUUGCAGCUUCAAGGCUAGCGAAUGGCACUCUUCGCCAGCCAGCAUUACGACAAUCAUUAAUCGUCAAGAGAAACGCUUCAGGCGGAGGUGGUUACAACGAACCAACAGGCUACUUGUUCGCUGAGAAGCCCACACCACCUGGACAAAAGCGUCAAAAGGGCGAUUGGGAAAACAUUUGGUACUUUGGAAUGUUUGGAGGAUUGGCUUUGGGAGCUGUACUAUAUAUCUAUAAACCCAAAGAAGACAUCGGAUCGUGGGCAGAAAAGGAAGCACGUAAACGUCUCGAUGAACGUGGCGAAUGGCGAUACAAGCCCGCUGCUUCUAAUUAA